ACGGCAAAAGUCACAAGAGAGAAGACCUACAUGCAGACUGAAGUGAAGAAAAGUGAGGGUUUGUGAGCACAGCGAAACCUAGCCGUGGCGCGUAAUAAGCUUACUGGUCGCAGAUAUGGCUGACGAUGUUGUCGAAGUAAAGUCGAAGUUCGAGCAGGAAUAUCGACGCUUCUCCAUGAAGCGCACUGAGCUGAAGACAUUCGAGUUGUUCAUGCUACACAUCAAGUCCUUACAUAAAGUAGGAGACGUGGACAGUGUGUCGAUCAGUUACACGGAGCCGUUGCGAGGCGAUCUGUUACCGAUCAACAACGAUGAUAACUUCGCCCAUGCGGUGUCGCUCUCGAAACCCUUGCUGAGAAUAUUCGUAUAUCGCGGCCAAGAUGCGCUGCUCGCUGAUAUGUUCCAGCAAGCCAGAAAGCGCAAAGUGGCUGGCCUGCGUCCGGACAAGAAGCUUGGCCAAAUACAGAUCGGCACACCGGAGGAUUUCCGAAAAGUGUCAGCCAUCGUCGACGCUGACCUCCUUCCGGAGACGGUACGUCGUGUGAAGCUGCUAAAGCACUCCUCCAACAAGCCAUUAGGAUUCUAUAUUCGAGAUGGCAUGAGUACGCGCGUUACGCCACAGAACGUCCUGGAGAAGGUGCCAGGUAUUUUCAUUUCCAGACUUGUCCCAGGUGGUCUUGCGGAGGGAACAGGAUUGCUGGCUGUGGACGAUGAAAUAUUGGAGGUGAAUGGUAUCGAGGUAACAGGCAAGACACUAGAUCAGGUGACAGACAUGAUGGUGGCAAACUCACAAAACCUCAUCAUCACAGUAAAGCCAGGAAAACAGGCUGUCCGCGAAGCUCCGUCUACCGCUGCCGCCGCUGCGUCCACUGGCGCACAAGCGCAAGCUGGACCCACGCUAUCGUCAUCGUCGUCAGCGUCAGGAGCAACUGGCGGUGCAGCAGCAGCUUCAGGUGCACGUCCGCUGAGCGGAAAGUCGCCAACCAAUGCAAGAGGAGGCAGUGCGUCACAGCGUAGUACCGGCAGUAUGGAACGGAGAUCAAUGCGCUCGCCCGGCGAAGAUACGCAAAGUCACGGCUCGAGCAAUUCCGGGUCGUUAAAGCGCAAAACAGAAGCCGCCAACCCUAGGUAGGGCUUGCUGCCUUCUUAGAUUACUCAUAUAUUUAAUAAUUGUAGCCAGCCAAUAUAUUUAGACGCUGACGCAUGGCGCGUGCGUAUGUGUCUGCUGCGAAUAGGAUGACGGCAGCACUGCACGUACAAAACUGUUUUUUAUCAAAAGAAAGGUUUGACAGGACAAGUAGCAAUAAAAAAGGAGUUGUAGCAAAUUCACAGGCAGUGCGGGCAGCAAUGUCGGCCGCGCUACCCAUGAGUAAGUUAGAACGUGUGAAUAUCACUAGACUUUAGAUCGCAACGGACCUUCUUUCAUGUACAUGGUACGAAUUACUGUUGCUGUAGAUGUCGACCAGCUUCCCUGAUUGCCGUUUUUUGUCUUCCUUGAACAUACACUCAAGUCGAGGGGCUCUUACAUACAGGUCUAUAUUAUUUUCGCAACACAUCGUCAUCCUCUUGAUGCAAAGCGUGCAGCAUGCAUUAUUCUUGGCUUUGCAAUGCUGAUUUCUCAUACUGUACUGCACAAUGUGUGUAUGCGCGUGCGUGCGUGUGUGUGUGUGUGUGUGUGUGUGUGCGCGCGUGCAUGCAGGCGAAAGUUUCGUGCUCAUCUGCUUUUGUGCCGACGUUCAUACUUAUGUGUAUGUGGUGCAUACAAGAGCGACAUGCAUGCAGCUUUAUGCAUACGUGGUUAUAAAGGCUACAUCGAUAAUUAUCAUGACAUAGAUGGUUUUGUCUAGGUUUCAACUGAGAUUAUGCUCGCCUUGACUAUUGCAAACGCGUACAAUUUCACCACCAUGACAUGCUGAGUGGCUGAUUUUUGUUGAAAACUUGAAGUCGCUUCAACCAUC